UGUUUUCCCGGAGGCUUUUUCCUUACUCACGGCACAAUCCAUAUUGAGUUUCUUCGUUAGUCCCUUAUUAACUACUAAAACUCAAUCCCGGCCACCAAGGCAAUACUUAAAAGUCAAUUUUCUUACCCUGGUCUGUGCACAGAGUUGCCUGGCCCCUUCUUUCCGUAUUGUCUAUCAACCUCCUAUCACUGUCUGAUUCAGAUGUCUCUCUUGUAGGAUUCACACCAGUCACCUAAGGGAGCAGACCAAACCGGGACACGAGACCGCUCCUCAAUGGGGAACGGGACGCGUCUUCCCAGUGUCCAAGGCCAGCCACUCCCCCCGGUGAUGGAAGAAAAUCUGGGACGAGCCCCCAAUUAUGGACCAUCUGGUUCAGCAUCAGUGUUCGCAUCCUCCAGCUCAGCGGGUGCUGCUGUGGUUAAAAAAGAGCUUCUCAUUGAUGUUGUUGGAAUGGGUGACUACAAAGUCAACAACAAGUCUGAUGCCAAAUGGAACCCUUUACCUGUUAAGGAGAUAUUAAAAAAUGCUGAAGCUCAGGUUGGGAAGAGAAGGAAUUACGAUGUAAUAAAAGCAAAUUGUGAACACUUCGUCAAUGAGCUUCGGUACAGAAAAUCUGUAUCAUAUCAGGUCCUUCGUGUUGCUAUUGGUGUUAUUGCUGUGGGUGCUGCUGCUUCUGUUUCUGUACCUGCUGCUGGUGUCAUUGCUGCUGGACUUAUUGGAUUUGCUUUUAGAGCGGCUCGUGGCAGAUUUGCAAAAUCUUGAUCAUUUCAAGGGCGAUUAAUACAUCCCAAGGUGUUGAAUAA